CUCUUCCAGCUGCGGGACUUCCUGCUGGUCUACAACCGGAUGACCGAGCUCUGCUUCCGGCACUGCGUUUCCAACCUCAACUACCGCCUGCUCACUGGGCGCGAGGAGACGUGCCUCGACAGCUGUGCUGGAAAGCUGGUCCACUCCAACCACCGCCUGAUGAGCGCCUACGUGGCACUGAUGCCCUCCAUCAUGCAGCGCCGCAUCUCCAACUACGAGGCCAGCACAGCCCAGGCGUCCCAGAAUUCGUGGAAUGCGGGUGCUGAGUGUCCACACUGGCGCUCUGCCCGGGAGGUGUCUCGGACCCGGCUCUGCUCCACCCUGGGCCCCGGACCCAUGGGCCUGCUCGCAGACUGCUCUGACUGGAAGCCAGCUGGCACCACCACCUCCCCAAGGGACAGG